UCCGAAACAAACAAACAAAAAAAAAAAUCUCUCUGCUGGCUCCCCCCCAAAUCCCCAGCCCCAGCCGGACCCGCCGCUGUCCUGUCAACCUCGCCGGCGGCGCGAUGGAUUCGUCGUUGGGGAGCCACGUCACGGUCAUCCCCGAUUGGGUGGGCGACUUGGGCGAGUCCGUCGGCCCCGUCGACUACGGCUGCGUGCGCCGGUGCCGUCACCGCCGCCUCGCCACCUACCUCUGGCUCCACGGCUUCCGCGACGCCCUGCGAGGGCUGCUCAACGAGACGGACGCGUACAUGAGCGUCAUCCACCUGUCGCGGCUGGUGCGGCAGGGCCUGUGGGACGACGCCAUCGCCUACGUCUCCCGCUUCCUGCGCCCGACCUCGCACCCGCAGAGCGACGAGGCACAGGUGCUCCUCCACUUCCUCAAGCACCACGCCGCCUUCGCCAGCAUGGUCGCCGGCGUGCCCGACCGCAACCUCACCUACUUCAACCGCAAGUACAACACACGGUACCUCAAGCACGACGACUCCGUCUCCCACGACGCCCUCCGGAUCCGCUCCAUCGUCCUCUCCAUUCUCCACUCGGAACAAGUCAGGUCCUCCCUGGACUGGGAGCGCGUUCGUUGGAAGGCCUCUCAAAUCGUCAAACACUUGGCUUACAAGGCUCCUGAGUUGAAAAGCCUGGUCAUAUUGCCGGCCGGCUCAAUGAUGCCACACGAUGUACUUCCCAUCGGAUUCAGGUACCGUCGGAGGCGCCACGUCAAGGAACAAGACCUGCCAAGACCUAAAACACUGGCCAAGAUCUUCCUUAGGACCAAGAAGAGGCUGCCUUCGUCAACUCGCAGUCACGAGAUAAACAGGGGAUUGACAGACAAAACAAGGAAGUGGCACGCAGAUCUUAUUGAUGAAAGCUUGCAGGCUGGUCUGGAACUUCAAUCAAGUGGGAAGGAAGGUGUUCCUGGUGCUACAGUCUCGCAGACCAUGUCGAAUACCUUGACAAAUGCAGGUGCUCCUGUUCCUUCAGUUUCACAGACUAUGUCUGGUACAUUGACAGUUCCUGCUAAAAUAUAUGGUGCUGCUGUUGCUGCAGUCUCACAGGCAGUGAACUUGACAAGCCAUGCUGAAAACGCUGGUAUCUCGGCAGUGACAAAUGCAGGCACAAAUAAGGUUUUGAGUUCGGAAAAUUCCAAUCUCAGAAAGCAUCCAAGGACAGAACAAGCAGCUUUUGAGCAAGGUCCUCGUCCAAAAACACAACGGUCAAGUGGGGCUUUUGGUGAAGCAUGUCUGGCGUCGGUGACUAAAGUUGGAGCGUGCUCGCAGGCUGGUAUUGUCCUGGAAGAUCCUAAGCAUGAAGUUGAGCAAUCCUAAGCAUGAAGAUACUAAGCGUGGUGGCCCUUCUGGACUUUCGAGUGGAGAAACAGUCGAGGAAACAAUAUGCUGUUGGAACGAAAUAAAAUAAUAAUUCUGCUGCGGCUUGUACUAGUAGCACUCUAUUUACGUGACCUACUUGAGGCUUGCAAGUCUCCUGGAGUCUAUGUUAUGUUUUGACGCAAGUAUGUUCCUGAGUUUCUAAUAUGAACUUAAUUUAGGUGUAA